UUCUAAUGCUAUAAUUUUAUUUUAUUUUUACAUUGUGUUUUUAUUGUGUGUUCUACUGUGUUAAAUGUGUGAUUAUACUUGUAAGUAAAAGUGUUUAUACGAAAGCCAGUUGCAUCCUCUGAACAUUUCAUUACUCUAUCAUCAUGGAAACAGCGGCCGUCUCAUCGGUACCUAAAGAAAUUGUGCAAUUAAUCCCUUUGUUUGGUGGUGAUAAAAGACAAUUAAAUCUUUAUUUGCGAAAAUGUCAAUAUGUGAUUGAUCGGUUUAAGGGGAGUGAUGAACAAAAUCUUUACGUUUUUAAUGUUAUAACGAGUCGCUUGAAAGAUGAUGCAGCUGCGCUUCUCUCCGAACGGGAGGACAUUGUUACGUGGUCCGCAUUAAAAGAUUUGUUAAUACAGCAUUUUGGAGACCCGCGUAGCGAAGCUUGCAUAAGUGUUGAGUUAGAGUCAUUAAAAAUUUAUCCGGGUGAAAGUUUCCUCGACUUUUGUAAUAGAAUCCAAACUGUGCGUUCGUUAUUGAUGUCCAAAGUAAAUGCAUGCGACGACUUGGAGAUGAAACGUUCCAAGGCAAUUAUAUAUAAUAACACAGCUCUUAACGUGUUUCUGUAUAAUCUUCCCGAACAUAUGGUUCGAGUUAUUAGACUAAAGGCACCCACUUCCUUAGAAACGGCCUUGAGUAUGGUGCUCGAGGAAGUGAACUUCACGGAACAGUACAAGACGCGUAAUCGUAUGCAUAGUAAUAACCAAUUUACGAGUUUGGGUUCAAGGCCAGCGAUCGCCCAACCGUUUAGUUACAACCCCGAACUACCAUCUCAUUCCAAAUUCAAUUUUAAUAACGCUCAAAUGAAGAUGCCUCAAAUGCAAGGUCAAGGUCAACCACCAAAAUCAGUCAUGGGUUAUAGACCCCAAUUAGGUUUGCAGCCACAACAAUUUGGGUACAUGCCCCCACAACAAUUUGGGUACAAACCCACACAACAAUUUGGGUACAUGCCCCUACAACAAUUUGGGUACGAACCCAUACAACAAUUUGGUUACAAGCCUCUACCACAAUUUGGGUACAUACCCCCACAACAAUUUGGGCACAACCCCCCACAGCAAUUUGGGUAUAAACCACCACAACCCCAACAACAAACUAAUGACGUAUCCAUGAGGACAGCACAGCCUAAAAUGCAACAAAAUUUUAAGUUAAACAAAUUAAUGAACAACGAGGAAAACAACUUCCCCCAUAACGAUUAUCAUGAAAAUGACUAUCCAAAUGACAUUAAUUUCGGUUAUGACGUUGACACAAAUCAACCAAAAUAUUCUAACGCAUUUUAUCAUGAAUCAGAACCAACUUGUAUUCCAGUUAUAAAUAACAAUUUAAAUUAUAUAAUAAUACCUGCAAAUUCAGAACAGCAAGUUACGAGUAAGUUACCUGUCGAUCAACAUUCAAGUGAUGAUGUACUUGAUUCAAUUAAAAAUGAUAAACAAAAUAGCAAUGCUGAUGCUCUAUCCAAAAUUGAAAUUAAUGCUUUAAAUUCAGACAAAGAAAAUCCGUCAUUAAUAGUUAACGUAGAUGAAAAAUUAAGUCACAGUGAUUCAUCGACAGUAACUAUACCAGAUUUAAGUCGAACAGCAACCGCUAGUUCCAUAGAAUUUAAUGAUAAAAAAGUAAAUGAUUACACGGUGCGGUCAGAAUCUAGUAAAACAGAUACCAUCCAUUUAGUUAUAAAUCCAGAGUUAUCUGGGAUACCGAUUUUGAAUGAGGCCAUAGAUACUAAACCUAAUCAAAUUCUAGUUUUUUCGUGGUUUAAAAACGAAAUGCAGGUAAGCGAUCUCUCACGUGAUAAACAGAAGGUCUUAGAAGUUUUCUUACCAACAGACAACCCUGAAUUAGUAAAGGAGUUUUUUAUAAAGCAUAUAAAACCAAAAAUAAAGUACUUCAUUUAUUUCGAAGAACAGGCACAUCGUAGGCUAUUUAGUAAUUUAAUAAUGCAGCUUUUUGAAAGUCCGAUAUUUUUUUAUGAAUGCACAGAACGAGUCGUAUAUGUUGAAGAUGAAGGAGAACAGAGAUCUAUAAUAAAUAAAUACCAUGAAGGAAAAACAUGCCAUCGUGGCAUUAAGGAGAGCUUAGUUAGGCUUCGUAGAAAUUAUUAUUGGGAUAAAAUGGUAGCAAAAAAGAAAAAGGUUAGGGAAAAGAAAGGUGGUGAAGCUAACAUUCAGUUUUCUAAAGGAAACAUUGUUUUUGCAAAGGAUGUUAAUAAGCGUAAAAGUAGAGAUAAACCAAGAUAUGUUAAAGCGAAAGUUAUAGGACAUUCUGAAGGAAAUAUUUUACCCAUAAAAGCACGACAAAGGAACACAACCCCCAUUAAGAACAUUAAACACCCUACACAGGUUUUGCCGUGUCUUGCUAGUAGUGAUGCAGGCGCAGGCCCUCCAUCUACAAAAACUUGA